CCUACUUGCCCAUCAAACAUAGCUACCACCCCUCCUCUUUAAAACCUACUCUCUUCUCCUUUGAUGAACACACCUCAAAUCCUACCACUCAACUCUGUUCUCGCAGUUUAAUUUGAUCUAUCUCCUCCCUAGUUCUCCCCGGCUUCUUCAAAAAGUGUUUUUUAUUAUAAGCGAUUAAUUCGACAAUACGAGGCUCUUAGAGAAGGAGCACCUGAUAGAAGAGUUUGGGGGGAGGCUAUACUGCUUCAUUGGAGAAUGAACGGAAAAAAGGGUAGUAAUAAUAUUGAGAUUAACAUCCCUUGUUCUGUGACCAAAGUCAAACAGCAUGAAUCCAGCAAGGGAGAAGAAGGAGAAGGAGGAGGAGGAGGAUUCUCCCUUAAGGCUUGGGUGUGGAACGUUUGGGAAUUUGCCAGAGAAGAUAGCAACAGAGUGAAAUUCUCACUGAAAGUGGGGCUGGCCGUGCUUCUUGUGUCUUUGCUUAUACUCUUCCGAGCACCUUAUGAAGUUUUUGGCACCAAUAUCAUCUGGUCUAUCCUCACUGUUGCCAUCAUGUUCGAAUAUACAGUCGGUGCAACUUUUAACAGAGGAUUUAACCGAGCUCUUGGGAGUUUGCUUGCCGGAGUCUUGGCCAUUAGUGUUGCUCAAGUAGCACUAAGCUCUGGACGCGUAGCUGAACCUAUCAUCAUUGGCUUUAGCAUCUUUAUAAUCGGAACCAUUACAUCGUUCAUGAAGUUGUGGCCAUCACUCGUGCCAUAUGAGUAUGGGUUCAGGGUCGUACUUUUCACCUAUUGUUUGAUCGUUGUUUCUGGGUAUCGCUUAUCGAUGGGAAACCCGAUGAGGACAGCAAUGGAUCGACUCUACUCUAUCGCCAUCGGAGGGUUUGUAGCUGUCUUAGUGAAUGUGCUUGUUUGUCCUAUUUGGGCUGGUGAGCAAUUGCAUAAGGAGCUAGUCAACAACUUUGACUCGGUGGCUGACUCACUUGAAGAAUGUGUUAGGAAAUAUCUAGAAGAUGAUGGGUCAGUGCACCCUGAAUUCUCCAAAACUGUUAUGGAUGAGUUUCCAGAUGAGCCUGCUUAUAGGAAGUGCCGGAACACAUUGAACUCAUCAGCAAAACUGGAGGUUUUGGCUGUGUCGGCAAAAUGGGAGCCACCGCACGGCAGAUUCAGGCACUUCUUCUAUCCCUGGUCAGAAUAUGUGAAAGUGGCAGCAGUUUUGAGAUAUUGUGCUUAUGAGGUUAUGGCACUUCAUGGAGUUUUGCACUCUGAAAUUCAGGCACCGUACAACCUCCGGAUUACAUUCCAAUCGGAGAUCCGAGAUGCGACGAACCACGCCGCAGAACUGGUAAGAAGUCUGGGUAAAGACAUCAGCGACAUGAAAAGAAGCACCAGAACAUCCCUACUGAAGAAACUCCACAGCUCAACAGAGCGACUCCAACGCGCCAUCGACAUACACUCUUACCUCCUCACAUCGCCGUCUGAACCACCGGACACCUACACCUACUCCAAGCCACUCACCAGGCUCUCUCUAACCUUGUCGAACACCUUCUCCGAUGCCGCCAGCCAACUGGCUGAUCUCGACAGCAGCAAUAGCCCCGAGAAGAACUCGAGCCAGCAACUAAACCAAAGCACGCAGCAGCAGCAGCAGCCGGAGCCUAACAAUUACCAUGAGCUGAUGAGGAAGCAGUCGAGGAGGCAGCAUUACUCGUGGCCACCUCGACAGGUUGAUGCUUUUGAAGAAGAGGGAUCUGCCGGAGACUACUUGCCGAGGAUGAAGGCGUUGGAAAGCACUGCAGCGUUGUCCCUGGCCAACUUCACAUCGCUGCUGAUAGAGUUUGUGGCCAGGCUUGAUCACUUGGUUGAAGCAGUUGAUGAGCUUUCUAAACUGGCCAAAUUCUAACUUGACAGGGGGGAAUAUUAUGGUAUACAAAGGAAAAGCUCCACAUAUGCAGAUUUAAUACCAAAAAUAAUCAUGUAAAAUAUGUGUUGCAGUUUCAAUAAAAAGGAAAAUCCAGAAAUAAGUUCCAUAAUUUUGACCUAUUUCCAAAGGAUUAUUUAUAAUACAUCAUUAACCGGUUUUAUUUU